AAAAAAAAAUGAAAUAUGAUAUACUAGAUUUGCAAUAAUAUAAUAAUUUAGGUGUUAAUAUAUUAGUUAUAAUAGAUUAUUAGACAGGCAUAUUGAGAUUUAUAAAAUCUUAAAUGCAGUUUUAGGUUCUAAUUUAGGGGAAGGAGUCAUAUGGCUCGUUGAAAUCUGCAAACGAAGCAGUUCUGAACUUUUUAAAAAGUAAUCAAAUUUGCGGUCGGGCUGGCACGGGCACAAGUUCACAACACUUGAGGAUGUCAGCGUGACCGGCUUCAUCACAGCAAGACAGAACAAGCGCUUUGACCCUAAGAUCAUCUCUCCCUCAUGUUUCUGACUAGUCUCCUCCAUGAGUCCGAACGUCUCUCUCUCCUUGGCUCUCUUGUGGACGUCAGUUGUCUCGGGAUGUCCUCAGCUUGGCCCGUUUGCUCCAGGUCGGGGGUGUUUUACUGUGAUCUGCUUGUGUUUCGGCAUCGUUGGGUGUUUUAUUCGUCUUCUCUUCCCAGAAUCCUCUGCUCUGGAGUCUUUGGAGUGUCGUAAUGACUACCGCUCUCGUAUCAGCUGCAGCUGGAGAGAUCAUCCCCGUCUUCAUCUCUCUCUGCUCCACAUGGACCCAGACGACCAGCGAGUAUCGCCCUGUGUUCAGACUCCUAACCCUUCCCAGGAUCCCACUGGGAAGCAGAGAGCCUAUUGUCAGUAUAACACAUCUCUAUUUGCCAUCGGCUUUGAUGAUUUGUUCUUCUUCCGCACGCCGCACUCUUCUGGCCUUUCCAGAGCCUUCAGAUUGACAAAACCUGAAGAUGCAGAUCCAGACUGGACUUUCUACCAGCUGGACGACAUACCGCCUCCCUCCCGUGUGACCUCUCACCCCUUCAGACGGCAUGACCGAGAGUGCUCAUCGGAAAUUGACCAUGAAAUAAUCAACGACAAAAAAAGCGGGAAAAAUCGCGCCAAACCAACGCAGAAACAUGUGGAAGAUGGCGAGAAUAAAACUGAGGUGUUUACUAAUGGUCCAGAACUGAUAUCUCAGCAUUCUCUUCCUGGUCCAUAUAACUUCAACUGUGUGCUCAGCGAUGGGAAUAAUUUGAGCUGUAUCUGGGAUCUCAGAACAGAUCUGGCCCAGUAUAUCAGCUACACACUGUCCUACCGAACAUGCUCCACUGCACAGAACGAGUGGUGCUGUGUUGAGAAGGUGGAGGUCACAAAUAAAGGAGAUUCGUUGAGAAUGAUUGGUGUCUUCAGUAUCUUUGAGCCUGGAGAGCUGCAGGUGCAGCUCACUCCAACGCCGGUGACCAAAGUGGUCCGCUGUUAUGAACACAUCCAGCCCGCAUCUCCCACGAGUCUGAGCGUUGAACUGAGAGGAGAAGACUGGAUUUUGAACUGGACUUUAACAAAGUACCGUACUGUACCUCUCACUACUGAACUCAAGUACUGGAGCCUACUAACUCCUGUGAGUAUUAAAUAUGAGGAUGUAAAGAGCGUCUUUCUCUCUGACGGAGAGCUGGUGUUUGCUAUAUCAGAGCGUUCUCUCAAGGGAUCCUCUGAGUAUCGUGCUCAGGUUCGCUGUAAUGUGAGUACAACCAGACGUUUAGGAUGGCGUUACUCUGGAUAUCCCUCCGAUUGGAGCGACCCUAUCUACUGGACUACACAAACUGAGCCUCUUGCACCACAUCUAGUUACAUUUCUACUGUACUUCCUUAUUGCGACUCUCGCCUCAGCUGUCUCCAUCAUAGCUUUUAUCAUUCUGGUUGUCAUUCAGCGAAGAGUGAGAGAAUGGGACAUGUCUCUUCCCUCUCCUGUCCACAGCAAAGUUUCAGAGGUGUCACAGCAUCCCCAGAUGGACCGCUUCCCCUGCUGUACCGAAUUGAAGGACCCUGAUAUCAGCAAUGCUCAGAUUGUAGAUGUCCGUCUGCAGCUGUCCUCAUUCAAUUCAAAAAGUAACAUAAGCGCUGAUGCCAACAACCAGCCCAGAGAAACUGAGGGAAAUCGAGUGAUUUUGCAUGUUGAUGAUCCAUGCCUUGUGUCCUUGUGUUCCUCUGAGAAUGCAAUGGAAAGAAAUGGUCCAUUUCAGCCUCGUGCCACCAACUUCCAUGACCCAGUUCUCCCAUGUUCAGAGGGAUACAUGCAGAAUCCUGUCGCCACUACCCAGAAUGCAUUGCAAAAGGCUUGUUGUCUGAAUGUAGAAAUAGGUGAUGGGUACAUGAAUUGCCCUAAGCCUGAUUUGAUCUCACCUAAACAAAGGACAAAUCCUCAUUCAAUCCACUGAGAAGAUCUAAAUGCAGAUGUUAGGAAGACUGCGAGUGGUGUAUGCAUGUAUGUGUGUGUAUAUAUAUAUACAUAACCCAUGAGAAAGAAUACAAACAUGUACAAAGGUAUCAAAUAAUAAAGAAAAUCACAGAAACUCAUGACUGCUGUUUCUACAGUGACCACCAGAGUGUAGUAAGGUACUGCAUAAUUUACUGUAGUUUGAUACUUUGGGUAAUGCCAGGGCUGUGCAAGCCUGCUCCUGGAGAUCCAGCAUCUCUUGUUCAGCUCUAAGCCCCGUUAAACAUGAAACAUGAACAACAUGAAAUCAUGAAAUUAGCAUGAACAACAUGAAAUCUCCAGGCAAGAGCGUUGGGGCACGUUGGAGCUAAAAUCAUUGGUUUUCAAGGAGCAGGAUUGGAAACUCAAUAAUCCGUUGCUUUAUAAGCGUACAUGCAUAUUAUUGUUUAACUCAAUAAAAUGUAGUUGUCUGCCAAAUAUAUUGCUUUCAUUUUGGAUAGCAUGUCUUGUGUAACUACUAAAUAUUUCAUUUUCAAAAUAAAAAAGCAAU